AUGCCCCGGAAAAUCGAGGAGAUCAAGGACUUCCUGCUCACGGCCCGGCGGAAGGAUGCCAAGUCCGUCAAUAUCAAGAAGAACAAGGACAACGUGAAGUUCAAGGUGCGCUGCAGCCGCUACCUCUACACGCUGGUCAUCACGGACAAGGAGAAGGCCGAGAAGCUGAAGCAGUCCCUGCCCCCAGGCCUGGCCGUGAAGGAGCUGAAAUGAACCGGAGAAGCGGCUGGAACUGCAUUAAAGUGUUAAAGCGCAAAAAAAAAAAAAAAAAA